AUGGCUUCCGCGCGUCAAUCCUCUCGACGGCUUCUGGGCUCUCUAAGUCCUCGUCGCCCAUAUUCAUCGCAAGCUCCUCCCGGCGCACGGCUCAACCUCCCCAUCGACUACAAGGCGACUCCCCUUCUGCAUCACUCGGCGGCUACACUCUCGAAUAACUCAGAAUUACCGAAAAAUGCGUCGACGAAACGAUUGAAUCUAUAUCAGUCUAUCAACUCUGCUCUCCGGACGGCCCUUUCCGCCGACGAAAGGGUACUGCUGUUUGGCGAAGAUGUCGCAUUUGGUGGCGUCUUUCGAUGCUCCGUGGAUCUGCAGACGGAAUUUGGGUCUGAGAGAGUGUUCAACACUCCGUUGACUGAGCAGGGUAUUGUGGGAUUCGGUAUUGGUGCGGCUGCAGAAGGGUUCAAGCCCGUAGCGGAAAUUCAGUUUGCGGAUUAUGUCUUUCCGGCUUUUGACCAGCUUGUCAAUGAGGCUGCGAAGUUUCGCUUCAGAGAAGGUGCCACAGGUGGAAAUAUUGGCGGUUUGGUUGUCAGAAUGCCCUGCGGAGCCGUCGGGCACGGUGCUCUAUACCACUCUCAGUCACCAGAGUCUUUAUUCACUCAUGUCCCCGGUCUGCGGGUUGUCAUGCCACGAUCGCCCACACAAGCCAAAGGUCUCUUAUUAAACGCUAUCCUCAACUGCAAUGACCCGGUCAUUUUUAUGGAACCGAAGAUUCUCUAUCGCGCUGCAGUUGAGUACGUGCCAACAGAAUCGUACUAUCUGCCAUUGGACAAGGCGGAUAUUCUCAAACCUGGAAAGGACCUCACAGUCGUUUCGUACGGCCAACCGCUGUAUCUCUGUUCUGAGGCUAUUGCCAAAGCCGAAAAGGAUUUUGGUGCAAGCAUUGAGCUUAUUGAUCUGCGAGCAAUCUACCCGUGGGACCGUGAAACCGUGCUCGAAAGUGUCCGCAAGACCGGCAGGGCGAUAGUUGUCCACGAGAGUAUGAUGAACUCUGGUGUCGGGGCUGAGGUUGCUGCUACAAUCCAAGAGGGAGCAUUCUUGAGACUGGAAGCUCCUGUGAAGAGAGUUACCGGCUGGGGCACACACUGCGGUUUGAUCUUCGAGAGGUUUAACUUGCCAGAUAUUACAAGAAUAUAUGAUGCUAUCAAGCAGACGCUUCAUUACUAA